AUGAUGAAGGUGUUUCUAUUUUUUGGUUUGAUGAGUAUGAUGAUGGGAGUGAAUGGAAGGAUGAACAAGAUCAGAGGCAGUCAAAAGAUAAUUCCCCGAGAAGUGGAACUGGCAACCCAAGGCAAAGACAAGAAUGGCAAUGAUUUGAAUGAAGGAACUCCAACUCUAUCUGGUUUGACUCUGGGUGAUGUGUAUGACUAUGUGGUUGGGAACACGGAUGGAGAUGGCAUCAGUCCCAGCAAUGCCGCCUGUGAGAACCGGGAGUAUGUGGAUGUGAUUGUCAUUGGCGCAGGAAUGGCGGGAGUCAGAGCUGCCACUACUUUGCAAGCAGCAGAUCCAAACAUCAACUAUAUAGUGCUAGAGAGUCAAAAUCGCGUCGGAGGAAGAAUGAGAUCUACUACUUUUGGAGAACCCACCAAUGCCAGAACCAUCGAAGAUGGAGCCAAUUGGAUCAUUCAAAUGAACAACAAUCCUGUACUAGAUAAAGCUAUUGAGUUGGGAAUUGUGGCUCAUGUCAAUGACUAUGACAAUGUCGCUGCUUAUGAUGAGUUUGGAGUCCCAAUUCCCCAAGCCACCAUCAUGGCCGAAAACGAACGAUUCCUAGAAGCAUGGGAAGAAGCCAUUAAGGAAGCCGAUAAUCAGUGGGCACCUGAUCAUGAACAGUGGGAUGAUCAAGGCGUCAUUGCUCUACUUGCGAAAAAUGGAUGGGAAAUUGGAGAAGGACAACAAGGAAACCUCGAUUUUACCACUGAAUGGCAUUACAUGGAUUUUGAAUACGCCGCCCGGGAUACGUCGGUCCGGUACUUUCCCUACUACUUCAACACGGCCCUACAUGUCAAUGACAUGCGAGGAUUCGAAGAAGUGCCACAAGCCAUGUUCAGAGAUGAUGCCGACAUGAACAAACUCAGAACUUCCACACGCGUCAACAAAAUCAACUAUGACGAAAAUGUGGGAUUCCAAGGAAACAACUACCGAGUCAUGGUCAAUGCUGAACACACCGAACCAGCUGUCGGGGAACCCACUUGCACCGAUUACUACGCGAAACGAGUUAUUUCCACCGUCAGCGCCGGGGUCAUUGCCAAUGAUCUUAUUGAAUUCAAUCCUCCACUUGAAUAUCCACAUGUGGAUUACAACCCAUACUACAUGACACAAUACGUCAAAAUCUUCUACCAAUUUGACAGUCAAUUCUGGGAUGACAACGAACUCAUCCGUGUAGUCAGAGAUGUCGACCAUCGUGGACACUGCCAUCACUGGGCAAACAUGAAUGGAGAAGGAUUUUAUCCGGAUUCCAACAUGAUUCGGUGCGAGAUCAUGACGGAAGCUUUUGAUGAGCUCAAAGAUCCCAUUACCGAGGAUUUGACCAAUGCAACCUUGAACAUGCUCUUGGAUCCAUUGCGCACUGCCUACGGUGAGGCAAACGUUCCCGAACCACUACAAGUCUACUACCCCAAACUCAACAAAGACCGGGACUUUGGAUAUGGAGCUUACGCCAACUGGAAAACGGGAUUUACAUUCAAGCAAUACGCACACAUGUAUGGUGGAGUGGACGGAGUGGUAGACUACUGCGAACACAACGGCUGCAACUCCAUGGGAGAUUGGACCAUGAUUCUGUCGGGAAGCCAUACUUGCUAUGAUCAGGCAGAGUUCACCCAUGGCGCCUACUUUGCCGGGGAGAAGGCAGCCAACCAAGUGUUGCGAGAGUUGGGAUACACUGGUGUGGACGAGUCACUGAGCCCUUGCGACAUUGACUGGCAUUGGCUCUCAUAA